AUGUCAAGAUUUUUGGUCAAGAGUCCCAUUUGGAGAAGUCUUAGUGGUUCCUGUGGGUUGCUUAAAACGAGUUCUCAAUCGUUACUUGUCGGUAGAUACACUUUGAAUAGGUUUCCAACGAAUGCUACGUUUUCCACCACCCGUUUGUUACAACAUGGUCACCUAAAGAAACCUAAUCCUGGGGAGGAAUUGAAGAUUACUUUUAUAUUGAAGGAUGGCGCCCAGAAGACUUUUGAAGUUGCAGAAGGUGAAACCAUGUUAGAUAUAGCUCAAGGUCAUAAUUUGGAUAUGGAAGGUGCUUGUGGUGGGUCAUGUGCCUGCUCCACAUGCCAUGUAAUCGUUGAUCCAGACUAUUACGACGCUCUACCUGAACCUACAGAUGAGGAGAAUGAUAUGCUAGAUUUAGCUUACGGUCUUACUGAGACUAGUAGACUAGGAUGUCAAAUCAAGAUGUCUAAAGAUAUCGAUGGAAUUAGGGUAGCUCUUCCUGCGAUGACAAGAAACGUCAGUGCGAGCGAUUUCAGCUGA